AUGGCGGAAGGCUUCAUUUUACACCAAGAUAAAGGACCUAACGAGACUCUAAGAGAUGUAGCCCAAAGAUAUCUAAGUGAGCUUGCUAUGAGGUGUAUGGUUCAACUGAAUGAAGCUGAGAUCUACACUCCGCGUGAUAAGUUUGAUUCGUGUAGGAUUCAUGAUUUAAUGCAUGUUCUCUGCUCUGAAAAAGCUGAAAAAGAAACCUUUCUGAAGCGCAUCGAUGCUUCCAAAUAUCUGAAUGAUUACGUGUUAGCACUACCUCCAUCCGUUGGCAAUUCCGUAAGCAGAUUAGCCAUCACUCGUGAACACAAUGCGUAUAUAUCAAGUGUGAAGGGGUUAGAGGAAGUUAAAGAUCUUAGAUCCUUCAUGCUUCUUCACAAGAGGGAUUAUUGUUAUGAAUCCAUUAAGUUGGAAGAGAGUACGAUUGACUUUGAGAUGUCGCAAUGCUUGAGGAUAUUUGUGGCAAAAACGUUACCGAGGAAGGUGGGUGAACUGAUUCAUUUAAGGUACUUGAGUUUGAAGUGGUCUAAUGUGGGAAAGCUACCAAAGUGUGUAUGCAGCAUGCCAUACUUGCAAACCUUAGAUUUGCGAGUAUUCUUUUUGCAUGUCAUUAGAUUGCCAAAUGUUAUUUGGAAGAUGAAAAAGCUAAAGCAUUUGUUUCUCAAUGAAAUAAAAGUGAUUGGAGGUGGGAAACUAAGAUUAGAUGGGCUAGAUGAGUUGGAGACAUUAGUUGAGAUCAGAAGUGAGACUGCUCGCAUCGCAGAUAUCCCCAAAUUGACCAGCCUACAGACAUUGAGUGUUAAAGUUCGUGAUGAUUGUGAUGUGGAUAACAUGUCAAUUUUGUUGAGUAACAAAAAUAGACAAUUACGUGAGACUUGUGUUGAGGUUGAGUCAUGUGAUUUAAGUUGGGAGAAAGGUAUGGAGUUUUUAAGUGAUGGGUUGACGUCUCCUUCGUUGGUUAGUUUGUGUAUCAAAGAAUGCAAAAUCAGUGGAUGUUUUCCAUACUACACACAAGGGAUGUGUCAGAAUUUAGUAAAGUUGUCACUUAACGACCAGGAGGUUAAGGUAGACAUGAUGGAGUUUGGCAAGUAUCCCAUGUUGCAAUCUCUCUCGUUGUGCGGAGUCAAGAUGACAGGGACACUAAUUUGCCAGUCAAAGUCAUUCCCACAACUCAAGGAGCUUCAUCUUUCCUCCUUGUCCGCUUUAAAGGAAUGGGAAGUUGAAGAAAGAGCAAUGGCGAAACUUGUCGAUCCAUUCGUGCAGCAAUUUGAAGAAGGUUCCAGAAGGUUUGAGAUCCAUCUCCACUCUUCGAGAGAUGGUUAUCGGGCAAAUGCCAAUAGAGAAAGUCAGAGAACAAGCUUAUUUCCCAUUUGUCAAGAUUGA